CUCUCUUCCCCCCUCCCUUGCUCGCUCUCUCGCGCUCCCUCUCUCUCUCUUACACUGCCAGCCCCUGAUGUGAUGGCGAAGAAACCCCGUUGACAAGGCACUGCUUUUUCAUGACGAGAAUACAAGCAAGAUUCUGCAGUCCUUGUUCAGUUGUCAUGGAUGAUGACGAUGAUGAAUCCUGUCUCCUUGAUCUUAUCGGGGACCCACAGGCGCUGAAUUAUUUUCUACAUGGACCUAGUAGUAAAUCUAGCAAUGAAGACUUGACUAAUGCAGAAUAUUCUGUAGCCAACUCAAAUUCAAUUUUCGCCAACUCCAAUAACACCGAUCCUAAGUCAUCUGUAAAAGGUGUGAGCAGCCAGCUUGGUGAGGGGCCUAGUGAUGGACUGCCGCUGUCCAGUAGCCUUCAGUUUCUUGAAGAUGAACUUGUUUCUUCUCCUUUACCUGAUCUUAGUGAGGAUCAGCCUUUUGAUAUUCUUCAGAAGUCCUUGCAGGAGGCCAAUAUUACCGAACAGACUUUGGCAGAAGAGGCAUAUUUGGAUGCCAGUGUAGGUUCUAGCCAACAGUUUGCACAAGCUCAGCUUCAUCCUUCUUCAUCAGCAUCCUUUACUCAGGCUUCUAAUGUUUCUAAUUACUCAGGUCAGACGUUGCAACCUAUAGGAGUUACUCAAGUGGUACAGCAACCUGUUGGAGCAUCUUUUGCAAGCAAUACAGUUGGUGUGCAACAUGGCUUUAUGCAACAUGUUGGAAUUAGUGUUCCCAGCCAGCAUUUGUCCAAUAGCAGCCAGAUUAGUGGUUCUGGGCAGAUACAGCUAAUUGGUUCUUUUAGUAAUCAGCCUUCCAUGAUGACCAUUAAUAACCUUGAUGGAUCUCAGAUUAUACUGAAGGGCAGUGGACAGCAAGCACCUGCAAACAUGAGUGGUGGCCUCUUGGUUCACAGACAGACUCCAAAUGGUAACUCUUUGUUUGGUAACUCAAAUUCAAGCCCAGUAGCACAACCCGUAACCGUCCCAUUCAACAGCACAAAUUUUCAGACGUCGUUGCCUGUCCAUAAUAUCAUCAUUCAAAGGGGUUUAGCACCAAACUCUAAUAAAGUUCCCAUUAAUAUCCAACCAAAGCCUCUCCAGAUGGGUCAGCAAACUGCUUACAAUGUGAAUAACUUGGGAAUACAGCAACAUCAUGUGCAGCAAGGGAUUCCUUUUGCUUCUGCAAACUCACCUCAGAAUUCAGUGGUUGGUCCUCAUAUGUCUGUUAAUAUUGUCAAUCAGCAAAAUACAAGAAAACCAGUCACGCCUCAGACAGUCAGUAAUGCUGGAGGUAGUAUUGUUAUCCAUUCUCCUAUGGGGCAGUCGCAUGCACCUCAGAACCAGUUCCUCAUACCUACAAGCUUGUCUGUUAGUUCUAAUUCAGUUCAUCAUGUCCAGGCCAUAAACGGACAGCUUUUGCAGACUCCAUCUUCCCAGCUGGUUCCUAGCCAAGUGUCCGCUGAGCAUGUUAUGCUGAACAGGAACUCUACAAACAUGCUGAGGGCCAACCAGCCGUAUUCGGGACAGAUGCUGAAUAAUCAGAGCACAGCUGUUCAGCUAGUUUCCGGCCAGACGUUCACAGCUCCUGGAAGCCAAGUUAUAGUGAAUCAUGGAUCUUCUCAAAUUGUUGGUGGACAGGUGCCACUGCAACAGGCGUCGCCGACAGUGUUGCAUUUAUCACCAAGUCAAGCUAACGUUUCUCAAGGCAGAUCUGGUUUUACUACAAUGUCACCUGGGCAGUCUACAGUCUCAAAUAUGUCUGCGCCGAAUAGAUUUGCUGUUGUAAGUUCUUCUGGUUCGGGACAUCCCAGCCUGGGACCACCAGCUCAGUCUGUUGCAUCAGGAGGAAACUUCACGGGAGAUCAACUCGCACAGAACAGAACUCAAGUCUCUGCGAGUGCCGGGCAUCGUCUUCCAGCAUCCUCUUCCAAAUCUGUGAGCACCUUCAGUCACACAUCAGCUGGAGUAACCCAACAGCAGUUCGCUUUCAGUCAGGCACAAAAAAAAUCUAUGAGCCAGAUGUCACCAGUUUCUGCAUCAAAGACACAGGAUAAUUUGAGGCAGCCUCAGCUAACAAGUCUUCUGAGUAACACAUUAUCAGGACAGGACUCUGGAGGAAAAAUCAUACCGCAGUCUCUAGGAACAGCACAACUACAACAAGAAAAAGUAAUAGGAUCAUCUCCUGUUCAGCAGAAUAUACAGGUGGAUGGUCAUAUCAUUGGACAGAAAAGGCCUGCAUCUAAACAGUUAACUAAAGGAGCUUUUAUCCUACAACAAUUGCAGAAGGAUCAGGUGCAUGCUGUGACACCAGAUAAAAGCCAAUUCAGAUCAUUAAAUGACGCAGUUCAGAGACUCCUUUCAUAUCAUGUGUGCCAGGGAUCCCUGCCAACAGAGGAAGACUUAAGAAAAGUGGACAGUGAAUUUGAAUCUGUAGCUACACAGCUUCUGAAGAGAACCCAGGCUAUGCUGAACAAGUACAGGAGUUUGCUUCUAGAAGAUGCAAUGCGGAUAAAUCCCUCUGCUGAAAUGGUUAUGAUUGAUAGGAUGUUUAACCAGGAAGAAAGGGCCUCUCUGUCCCGGGAUAAGCGUCUUGCACUAAUGGAUCCUGAUGGUUAUCAGGCCGAUUUUUGUUGUUCUGCCAAGCAAUUUGAUAAAACAGCUGAUGAAGCACAGACCAGCAAAAGUGACCAUCCGUCUAGCAAAACAUUAACCUCUCGAAGUCACACUGCAAAGAUCCAUGCCAGAGACCGACCAAAAUCCAGCUCAGCAGAGUCCACAAAUCACAGUAAACUUCCUCUAGUGCCUAACAACAUUUUGACACCACAAGAAGGAAAGAUUUCUACUAAAAAAUCAGAGGGUCUCACUAAAGCUUUAAAGUUUGAGAAGGCUAAUUGUUCUCCUGAGAGCCAGUACAUGGCCCUUUCUGAAGAAAAGGGGGCUGGCAAAGACCUGGCCAAGUCAGUUGAGAAUUCUUCGAGUUCUGAAGACUUGUCAAAAUCUCUGUCAAGAGCUGGUCAUACAACACACAAUAAAAUAUCAAGGAAUAUAGUUCAAUCUUACUCAAAAGUGACCUGUAAUAAUUCCCUCCAAGAUAAAACUCUGCGGAGUUCUCCAAAGAAUGAGGUUUCACAUCCUGAUAACAUGAAAGGCUCUGGUGAACCCCAGCAAGACUUACUGCUCAGUAAGAGUUUAGAAACUACAUUUAAAAACAUCUUGGAACUUAAGAAAGCUGGGAGACAGCCGCAAAGCGAGGCGACUAGUAGUGGCUCUGUUGAAUUAGAAUUUCCUAAUUUUUCACCUAUUGCUUCACAGGAAAACUGCCUGGAGAAAUUUAUUCCAGACCACAGUGAAGGUGGUGUAGAAACUGACUCUAUUUUAGAAGCAGCUGUAAAUAGUAUCUUAGAGUGUUAAUAGUUGCAGUACCAUGGACAAGUGAUGUUUCUCUUAGCAGAAGCAAAUGUGAAUGACACCACAAGUACAGCCUGACAUAUGUUUAAGGUUAACCUUUCUAAACUAGAUUCUGUUCUGUGUUUGAGAGCAAUACUCAUUGUGGUUACAGUGAGAUAUCCAAGUAAAGUUAAUCCUUGUUAGAAUGCAGUCUGUUAGGGCCUUAUUUCAAGUAUUAUUAUGAUAGUGCUUUUGAUAAUUGUGCAGAACUGCAACGUAACAAGGUUGCAGGUCCUUAGGCCCUAUGUAAUACGGUAAUAUACUGACAAUCACAGUCAUUUGAAAGGAUAUAUUUAUUAAGAAAAUGUUUUUAAAAAGUGAUGGAAGCAACAAUUUUUCGCUACCCUUCUCUUCCACAGAUCA